ACCCUGGCUAGAGCGCGCCGCCAGCCGUGGCCGGCUCCCAGCCUCCGGCCCCGGACAGCACGCCCAGGACGGCCCUCCGCGCCGCACGCAGCUCCGCGGAGUCUGGAGUCACGCUGCUGACCCCCGACUCCGUCCUCAGCCCGGUGGGCACAGCUGUCCCGACCACUGCGCCGCGCGGUCCCGGGCCACUGAAGCCCGGAUAACUGGCGCCCAUCCGGGCGCCCCACUGUCGGUGCGGUCCAUGGGUCCCUGCUGGGGGGAGGUUGGGACAGCUUGAGGGUCACCCCAGCUGGGGUCCGGUCCCCGCUCUGCCCCACCCCGGGACGCGCAGGGGGAGAGCCCUCGGGGAGCUAUGCGGAGCCAGGGCAGAACGGAGGAAGCCGCGCAGCUCCUCCGUAGGCGAGCCCGGCUCCCUGUUCCCGCCUCCGCCCCGGCGCCCAGAUACCCAGCCCGGGCAGCAGCACCCGACGGCCCCGGAGUCCCUGCCCGCUUUGGCGUCGCCUGCCUGCUGCUGCUGCUGCUUACGCUGCCGCCCCGCAUAGAUGCGUCCUGGUGGUAUAUCGGGGCACUGGGGGCCCGGGUGAUCUGUGACAACAUCCCCGGGCUGGUGAGCCGGCAACGCCAGUUGUGCCAGCGCUAUCCUGACAUCAUGCGCUCCCUGGGUGAGGGUGCCCGGGAUUGGAUCCGCGAGUGCCAGCACCAGUUCCGUCAUCACCGCUGGAACUGCACAACUCUGGACCGCGACCACACCGUCUUUGGCCGGGUUAUGCUCAGAAGCAGCCGGGAGGCGGCUUUCGUGUACGCCAUUUCAUCGGCAGGCGUGGUGCACGCCAUCACUCGGGCCUGCAGCCAGGGCGAGCUCAGCGUGUGCAGCUGCGACCCUUAUACACGCGGUCGCGACCGAGACCAGCGGGGAGACUUUGACUGGGGUGGCUGCAGCGACAACAUCCACUAUGGGGUCCGCUUCGCCAAGGCCUUUGUGGAUGCUAAGGAGAAGAGGCUCAAGGACGCCCGAGCCCUCAUGAACUUGCACAACAACCGCUGCGGCCGGACGGCUGUCCGUCGAUUCCUGAAGCUGGAGUGUAAGUGCCAUGGAGUUAGUGGCUCCUGUACGCUUCGCACCUGUUGGCACGCACUCUCCGACUUCCGCCGGACUGGUGAUUACCUGCGGAGGCGCUACGACGGGGCCGUGCAGGUGACCGCCACCCAGGAUGGUGCCAACUUUACUGCUGCCCGUCAGGGCUAUCGCCACGCCACGCGGGCUGACCUUGUCUACUUUGACAACUCCCCAGACUACUGUGUUCUGGACAAGGCUGCUGGCUCCCUGGGCACCGCCGGCCGCGUGUGCAGCAAGACGUCCCGGGGGACGGACGGGUGCGAGGUCAUGUGCUGCGGCCGCGGCUACGACACGACCCGGGUCACGCGGGUCACGCAGUGCGAGUGCAAGUUCCACUGGUGCUGCGCCGUGCGCUGCAAGGAGUGCCGCGACACCGUGGACGUCCACACCUGCAAGGCCCCCAAGAAGGCGGAAUGGCUGGACCAGACCUGAGCCCCGCGGGCGCCGGCCCCUCCACCCCGCCCCGCAGACUCGGCUCGCAUGCUCACCCUGUACCCCGCCCCCCCAGCCCCGGGCUGCCCCAAGGGCCUCGCGUGUUCGUCCCGAAGGAGGCGGUGACGGGAUCCGGAGCAGCCUCCGGUCGGAGCCCCCGCGCCCCGGGGCGAGGGGCCGGGAGCGCGCGCAGAAGGAGCGAGCACCUCCGGAGAGACCAGAGCCCGCUUGUCUGUCGCCCUUCUCUGGCUUCCUGGGCACCCAGGAGAAAGAACACCUUGGGGGAGGGGCGGGGGCUGCCACGAGCACCGGCCUGGUUUAGGAUUGGAGUGGGGGUGGGCGCGGGGAGGUGUGGACGGUCCCUCCGCCAUCCCGAAGUCACUGUUAGACUGCACGUUUUUUCAGUUCCCCGGAGCCUGGGCCUGCUGGACAAGGGUCAGACCUGCAGGAUGGGGGUCUGUCUGUGCUUGUAUGUUGCAUCCUGCUGCAUAUGUGAACAAAGAGAUAUAUGCAUCCACACCCUCCCCAUCCAUAUAUAUAUAUGCAAAUAUAUAUAUAUAUAUAUAU